UUUGCGAUCUUCCGGUGUGGGCGGAGCUUACAUUCUGUGUACGUAGAUAAAAAAAAUCGACGUAGUUUUCUCUUCAUCCUCAAUAGUUUGAGUUCGUAGUAUUUGUGACCGUCUCCAGCUCAUUUUUACAAACCACCAGCAUUUGUAACGAUGGUCGCCAAACAGAGGAUUCGUAUGGCCAACGAGAAACACAGCAAAAACAUCACCCAGAGAGGCAACGUCAAAUCAUCGAGAAACGUCAGUGAUGAUAAAGUUUCGGUGGGACCGUGGCUCUUGGCGCUCUUCGUCUUUGUUGUCUGCGGCUCAGCAAUAUUCCAGAUCAUUCAGAGCAUUCGAAUGGGCAUGUAAAGAGGACCAAUGAUGUCUCAAGUAUCCUCUCCUUGCCAAUUCCACAUACUGCAACUUUAAGAAGGAGCCUCUCUUCAAGGCUUUUUGCUGAUUUUAUUGGUUUAUCUUCUAUGAGGUGCAGCAAUCUUGUCAUUCGUCUCUGGUGCCUUGUUAAUGAAGAAAAAUCAAAAAGCCAUAAAAUUGCAUUCCGAUCAAUUGUAAUGUUUUUUUGUCAAUUUACCUUGAUGUAAUUUAAAAAUCUUGAUAUGUCUCAAGCAGUGAUGUGAUUUGUAAUUCCUGACUUCUCGUUCAUUCCUGAAAUAAUUGUGAAGAAAUUAUUUAAUGUCUUUUUGACCCCCCCAAAUCUAAAUCACAAAUGUAAAAAUGUCUCUUCUCACGCAUUGUAUUACUUUUCUUUUCCUUGUUUUCUUUGUAAUUUAAUAGCUGCCUCCUUCCUUCUAGAAUAUGGAACUUUAACCUGAAAAAUGUAGUUCUCUGGCACAUAUUCUUGUCGUUGUGGUACUGUUAACCAUAAUAGAAUGUGGCUUAGCAAUUCAGCUUUUUUUCAGAACUGAUGCUGUUAUAUACUGUAUGCUAUGAUAGCGAGAUGGAGUGAAGAGGAACAGAGCUGGACUAAAAUAAAAUUUUUAAAAAUGG